UUCCACCAUUCAUAAACCCUUCUUCUCAACCCAAAUUUACCACUUUCAUUCUUCCACUCUAUGAACUCUAAACCAAAACAAUGACCACUUUCUCUCUCUGCUCUCAUGUCCCUUCCUUCACGGUUCCUCCUUUUCCUUCUUCACCCUCUAAGAACUCAAUUUUCUGCACCCCCUUCAAAGGAAUCACCAAGCAAUUCGCUUUUUCCAAAAGCACCCUCUUGCAAUUGCAGUCACGGAUAAUUGUCUUCUCUUCUUCAAAGGAUGCGGGCCCCAGUGACAACAUACCAAGCAGCAACUUUUGCAUCAUUGAGGGGCCAGAGACGGUUCAGGAUUUUGUUCAGAUGCAGCUGCAGGAAAUUCAAGACAAUAUAAGGAGCAGGCGCAGUAAAAUCUUUCUUCUCAUGGAAGAGGUAAGGAGAUUACGUGUGCAGCAGCGCCUAAGAAGUGCACAAAAAGUUUUCACUGAAGAGAGAGAUGAGGAAGCAAAUGAGAUGCCUGAAAUUCCAUCAUCAAUUCCUUUUCUUCCUCAUGUGACGCCCAAGACUUUGAAGAAGCUCUAUCUAACCAGCGUGUCAUUCAUAUCUGCAAUAAUUGUAUUUGGUGGGCUUAUUGCGCCGACGCUGGAGCUAAAACUAGGUAUAGGUGGUACCUCAUACGAAGAUUUCAUAAGAAGUAUGCAUUUGCCUUUGCAACUAAGUCAGGUCGACCCAAUUGUGGCAUCCUUUUCAGGUGGGGCAGUUGGCGUAAUUUCAGUACUGAUGUUAAUUGAGGCUAAUAAUGUUGAGCAACAAGAGAAAAAAAGGUGCAAGUAUUGCCAUGGAACUGGAUACUUGGCCUGUGCUCGAUGUUCUGCGAGUGGUGUAUGCAUAAACAUUGAUCCUAUUUCGGUAUCUAGUGCUUCUGUCAGACCUCUGCAAGUCCCUACAACCAGAAGGUGUCCAAAUUGCUCUGGUGCAGGAAAGGUUAUGUGUCCAACAUGCCUUUGCACAGGGAUGAUGAUGGCAAGUGAACAUGACCUGCGAAUCGAUCCAUUUGACUAACAUUAUGCAUGAUCUGGGGACUUAUAAUUUUGUUGUUCUAAAUGUAUUUAAAAAAUAAGAACUCCAUCUCCAAAUUUAGCAAUGAUUUAUUUAUUUUUUAAACACACUGAAUGUAAUAAUACAACUUAAACAUACUGUCUUUAGGCUUUGACAUACCUUCUCCGGGGGUGGAUAAUGUCAAAGUGAUUAGCAAAUGUUAUUUCCAUUUCACAU